AUGGCUAUUAACUUUUAUGAAUAUGAUGAGACUACGGAUGUAUUAGGUACUCCUUUGAUUCCAGACGUCAUUUUGAAAAGCAACUUAAGGGAACUGACUCUACCAACAGGUAACCAAGUCUUGGAAUCCUUACCACUUACAAAGUGGUUUUAUGAGACAAGGUCCAGUGUCAUAGAAUCUGCAAGGUUGUAUAAUGCCGAGUGGAAAACCCAGCAGAGUGCGGCAAGAAAUGAGCUGGACAAUAUUAAGAAGUACUGCCUUAAGAAUAUAUUUGUAGACUUCAAUGAAUUAUACCAUCUACCACAGACAAAUAUUUUGACAUUGUGUUCUUACUUUGCGGGGAGGAUUGUUUCCAAUAGUAAUAACUGGGGUUUGUCGAAAGGCCGGUGGUCGACUGCAAUUAGUGGUAAUGUUCAUCAUCCUUCAUUUUUAGCCAGAAUGUUCACCUGCAUUCCCUCCAAAGUGCUACUUCCUUGGGUUUUAGCAGGUGCAGUUUACAAAAACAAUGCACCCAGUUCGUUUGGAAAUGCUGUUCACUGUGUUGAAACUGAUUUACUUCCACCCGAUUUUGUAACACAAUAUCGUUCAGCUUGGCAGCAGUAUUAUGUAAAUGGGCUGAAGAAAAAUGCGAUGAAAGCUUGUGCUGCAUCAGAGGACUUCCUGCAGGCUCAGAUCAGGAAUUCCAGGGAAUUUAUCAUUGAAAGAACAUCUUGA